AUGUCCGCAGCCAUGCGCUCGUCGUCGUCGACUUUGCGCGCUCUGCGUCAACGCUCGACCUUUGCACAGCGUCGUUUCGCGUCGUCCGGCACGGAGAACGCAGAGAAGAAGGCGAAGGAGACGCUUGCGGCGGCACAGAAGCAGGCCGAGAAGGCUUGGGAGUCGGCCAGCAAAUAUGCAGAGUCGGCCAGCAAGUACGCGGGACCCUUUGGCGAACGCCUUGCGUCGUUGCUUGGUGCCUACCGCGCACCGGUCACGUACAACCUUCAGGUCGCGAAGGAGGUGCUGAAGCACAUCUACGUUGCCGAGCGUCUUCAAGUGCCAUCCGUCGCGGAGUUCAAGACCGCCUACGCGCUUUUCGCACAGCGCGCGACGAACCCCGCCUACCUCCGCGGCCUCUUCAGCUCGGGCGAGUGGGCAACCGUGGGCAUUUACGGUCUUGAGGCAUACGGGAUCUAUAAGAUUGGCGAGAUCAUCGGCAGGCGGUCGCUGGUCGGCUACAACGUCCAGUAG